AUGUGUUCAGUACCAGAAGAUGUAAAAUGUAUUGUUGAAACAAAAGAUGGUCCUAUAUGUGGAUAUAUUGAUAAAAACGAUGAAGGAACUUAUUAUAAAUUUAGUAGUAUUCCAUAUGCUAAACCACCCAUUGGUCGCUUGAGAUUUAUGCCUCCGUCUCCUAUUGAACCAUGGCAAGCACUACGAGAUUGUACUGCAAAACAACCCUUACAGCUAUGCUGUAUCUUAAAUAAAAGUAUAGAUGGUUCAGAGGAUUGCCUCUAUAUUGAAAUCUCAACUCCUAGUAUACAGCCUGAAACACCUAUGCCAGUUAUGUUUUGGAUUGGAAGUUUUGGAUUUACAGGCAUCAUGGAUCAAAUAUUUGACGCUACCCUAAUCAAUAAUGAAAACGUCGUAUUUGUAAGGUGCGGCUUCCGAUUAGGACCAUUUGGCUUCCUUUCUAUCAAUGACUUUACAGCACCGGGUAAUUGUGGGCUAAAGGAUAUAGUCAUGGCUUUAAAAUGGGUGCAAAGGAAUAUAUCUGUAUUUGGAGGUGAUCCAGACAACGUCACCAUUUUUGGAAGUUCUUCAGGAGGAGCUAUGGUCCAUCUCAUGAUGUUAUCCCCAAUGGCUACUGGUCUUUUCCACAGAGCAAUUAUACAAAGCGCAAGUGCACUAAACAAUUGGUCUUUAACCAAAAACCCCUCCCUAGCUGUAAUAGAACUAGCAAAUGAAUUGAACAUCCAGAAAUCAACUAAAGUAGAAAUUAUUGAAGAGCUACGGACUUUACCGGCGUUAGAUAUAAUGCAAGCAUUUCAUACCAUGGCACUAAGAACACAAAAGGCUGCCAAUCAUGAUAUCAUUGACGCAAUCUUCAAACCAUGUAUCGAAGUUGAGUUUGAAGGUCAACCCGCAUUUCUUACGAAAAGCCCUCUUCUAAUUCUGAAAUCUGGAAACUUCAACAAAGUGCCUUUAAUCAUUGGUAGUAAUAAUAUUGAAGCUGCAUUAUUGGAAUUUAUUAAAGAAGAUUUUUAUUCUGAUUAUGAGAAAUUUAACGAGAAUACUAGUCUGAUUGUGCCUAGAUCGAUCGCCAGAGAAGACAAAGUAACAAAAAGUAUUGGUCAACAAUUACUAAAGUUCUAUUUGGGUGGUGAAGAACACCUAACGGCAGAGACUAGAACACAGUACUUACAAUUAAUAAGUGAUUACUAUUUCUUAUAUUAUGUCAAUAGAACUGUAAGAAUGCAUAGUCAGUCGGCACCGGAAUCCCCAGUGUACUAUUAUAUUGUCAACUAUGCUGGCGAGUGGUCAGUACCCACAGACAUCAAUUUUUUGAACUCUGCAGGGCAUUGUGCCGAACUUCCUUUUAUAUUCCGUAUUAAAAUGCCAGAAAUUUGCAAGGGUAGUCGAGAUUCGGUGAUCACAAGAAGUAGAGUAAUCAAAUUGUGGACAAAUUUCGCCAAAACGGGCAAUCCAACACCUGAUGAAGAUGACCCACUUUUACAAAUAACUUGGGAUCCCAUUGAAAAUAAGGAUAAAUUAAACUACUUGAGCAUAGGAUCAGAACUUACUAAAGGCCGAAAUCCAUUUUAUGAGAGAAUGAAGUUUUGGGACUCGCUUCAUCAAGAACAUGCAUUUCUUAGAACAAUCGUUUAUUUUAAUGAUAUAGGUGUUUCAUGGUAG